AUGCGUCUCUCGCUUGCCCUUUCCGUGGUGCCUCUGGCCCUAUCUGUUGGAGCUCUGAAGGUGACAGAGCCCGAGGAAGGCGCAGUCGUCAGCGCCUCCAGCUCUCUGGUUGUAAAGUGGACUUCUGUUGAGUAUGUCAUCUUGCAGCCCAACACAUGCAUGUUGAAGCCGACUAAAAAAAAACACAACAGCACCGAUGCCUCGAGCUUCAACAUUUACCUUGUCAACAAUGCCGUCUACCCUCCCGUCAACAAGAAGCUCGCCUCCGACGUAAAGACCUCUUCCGAUUCCUACACCGUCGACAGCCUCGAUGCUGCUGCCGGCCACGGCUACCAGAUCGACCUGCAAUCCAGCUCGACCCAGAACACCGGCAUCCUCGCUCAGUCCGACCAGUUCAAUGUGACUGGCUCCGCCAGCUCUUCCAGCAGCAGCACUUUCACUUCCACCUCCACCUCUACUUCUACCUCUACCAUGGGCUCGACCACCGGUACCAUGACCACCACCACCACCUCUACCGGAACCUCCACCGGCACCUCCACCGGAACUUCUGGUAUGAGCACCACUGCAUCUAGCACCACCGCUAGCGGUACUAGUACCAUUAGCGGAUCUUCUACAAGCAUGACCGCUAACGGAACGUCCGCAGCUCCUACCGCUUCCACCGGUGCUGGUGUCGCCAACGUCGUGAACCCCAUUGUCGCUGCUGGCAUGUUCGCUGGUGCCAUUGCUUUCGCUCUGUAG